AUGUCCUGUUUGAUAAACUCCGGGCAGUUUCCGGCAGUGGGCAGCAGCACGGGAGCGUUCAUUGGCAGAGAGGAGCCCGGGCACGGCUUAGAAACCUUCGAUCUGACCAGUUCGGCAGGUGUGGCAGCAUCAGGCUCAGGCUCGUUUGCCGCGUCGAUAUUGGUCGGAGAUUAUGCCCCCAUUGAUCUGCGGACGAGACAGUGGGCACUAGAGCCUGACAGGCCACUGUGCCGAACCUGCGAGAGAGGCUCAGCGAGGUGGUUCCGUCUCAUCAAGUGGUUGGUUGGCAGCGUGCACCAGUGCUACGUAGACAGUGUGCAGCAGUACUACAGGUCCGUGUGUGUGCGGUGUGUGCUGCAUGUGCGGUGUGCGCUGCGUGUGCGGUGUGUGCUGCGUGUGCGGUGUGUGCUGCGUGUGCGGUGUGUGCUGCGUGUGCGGUGUGUGCUGCGUGUGCGGUGUGUGCUGCAUGUGCGGUGUGUGCUGCGUGUGCGGUGUGUGCUGCGUGUGCGGUGUGUGCUGCGUGUGCGGUGUGUGCUGCAUGUGCAGUGUGUGCUGCAUGUGCGGUGUGUGCUGCAUGUGCAGUGUGUGCUGCAUGUGCGGUGGUUGCUGCAUGUGCAGUGUGUGCUGCAUGUGCGGUGUGUGCUGCAUGUGCGGUGUGUGCUGCGUGUGCGGUGUGUGCUGCGUGUGCGGUGUGUGCUGCGUGUGCGGUGUGUGCUGCAUGUGCAGUGUGUGCUGCAUGUGCGGUGUGUGCUGCAUGUGCAGUGUGUGCUGCAUGUGCGGUGUGUGCUGCGUGUGCGGUUUAGCUUCCCCCCAAACUGGCAAGUCAUGGCAUGGUUUGGCUUCCCCCCAAACUAUGAAGUCGUGGCUUGGUCAGGGGACAAUCCUUGCAGCCUUGCUGGGCCUGCCGGGUUUCUUUCGAGGGGUGGUGCCACGGGUGAUGAAGCGAUUACUCAGCAAGCACUCGCUAUCCCUCCCCUCCUUCCCCUCCUGCCGCUCCUUCCUCCUUCCCGUCCUGCUCCUCCGUUCCCUCCUGCUCCUCCGUUCCCUCCUGUCUCCUCCACCCCCCCAGUCUCAGGGCCUGCCGGGUUUCUUUCGACGGGUGGUGCCACGGGUGAUGAAGCGACUACUCAGCAAGCACUCGCUAUGCCUCCCGUCCUUCCCCUCCUGCCGCUCCUUCCGCCUUUCCCUCCUGCUCCUCCGUUCCCUCCUGUCUCCUCCACCCCCCCAGUCUCAGGGCCUGCUGGGUUUCUUUCGAGGGGUGGUGCCACGGGUAAUGAAGCGAUUACUCAGAAAGCACUCGCUAUCCCUCCCCUCCUUCCCCUCCUUCCUCCUUCCCCUCCUGCUCCUCCUUUCCCCCCUAUCUCCUCCACCCCCCCAGUCUCAGGGCCUGCCGGGUUUCUUUCGAGGGGUGGUACCACGGGUGAUGAAGCGAUUACUCAGCAAGCACUCGCUAUCCCUCCCCCCCCCCCCCCGACAGUUUAG